UUGAGCUGAAGAAUCACUAGAUGGUGGUGGGUAUUGAGCUGCUGGUAUUCCUUAAAAUACAUGGUGAAACACAACGAUCAUGAGGCCUAAUGCCUGCGAAAUGAUGACAUAUUAUCGUUCUUAAGGUUCAAGGAAAUUGCUUCAAACUGUUGGAUGCUCUGUUCCAAGGAUAACAUCAAUUGAUGGGUUCGUUUUAUGGUAGUACUAGUGAGAUUGUUGAAGUCCUAGAGGAAGUGGGUUGCGUUCAAAAUGGAAAGAAGACGAAUCAAAAAGUUGUACACAAUAAGGAGCAGAAGCCCCAAUUGCUGAAACUAGGAUAUGAUAGUACCUUGGAAAAUGACAUCAAUAAGCUUUUUGAGUCAAUUAGCCUUAAAGUUUCUUCUAAGAAUCAGAAUUCACCCGAUCAAAUUACUACAGGCAUCUCGAAGAAAAAUGCCUUAAAGAAACCAAUGAGGGCCGGUGGUAACUCCCCAGGGAUUGGAUUCUCUGAACCCGUUUCUUUAAAGCAGGCGCUAAGACGGCAAUGCAUUUCUCAAGCGUCGGAAAUGGCCGCAUUUAAACGCCUGACGAAUCCGAUUGGUUCUCCCCGAAUAUCGGAAGCUGGCAUGAUCACGAGUAUGUACAGGUCGGUUGUAGUUGAAAGUGGCGAAUCGAGUGGUUCUGCAAAUCGUUUUAGUAGGGACGAGGAAGAAAUAUCUUCUCCAGGAUUUUCUUUGGAGAAAAAUGGAAAGGGGAUAAAGUCAAUGUUGAAUAACAUCAAACCUGUGGAUGAAUCCAUUGUGACGGAGCAAACAACUAAGGCACAAACUCAAACAACAAAGGGUAAAUUUGAGAAAUCGGAUCCUUCAGGUGAAAUUGUUUCAGAGAAGGAAAAUGAGUCCGUGGUACCUCAAUUAGAACAGAAAAAAUCAUUACCUAGGUCAAGGCGGAAAGGCAGGUUGCAGAUUGCAGCAAACCCGUCUAAUACGAUCAGGGGUAGCAAGUCAUUAAGAAAGGUCUCUCCCUCGACAUUCAAAUCAGUCCCUAGAAACAGGUCUAUUGUCAAGAAGAAUUUGAAGCUGGCUUCAGUUCCUACUGAAGACUUCAAUAUCAAAAUUCACAGUCCUACGGAAAAUAAUAGCAGUCAGUUACUCUGCCAGAGAUGUCAUUGUACCAUGACACACGAAAGUACAGAAUCCAGUACUGGGGACAUUGUGUUCAGCUCAAACGCUGCAAGCUCAUAUGGAAAAGGAAGAAGUAUUGUAGAAAUGGAGAAGAAGUCGAGAAUCGUGGAAAAGGUCGAUUUCUCACAAAGUUCAAACAGUAGCCUGGGUGAUUAUAGCACAAGCACUAGCAACAGUGAAGAGAGUAAUGCAAGUGGAUCAAUUUGUGGCAAUAGGCCUCACAUGGCAAAGGACUCGAAAUGGGAAGCAAUCCAACAAGCCAAUAAACAUAGCGGAGGCCUUGGAUUGACUCAUUUCAGUCUUUUGAAGAAGCUUGGUUCUGGGGAUAUUGGGACAGUGUAUCUUGCUGAACUAGUUGGGACAAAUUGCAUGUUUGCUAUAAAAGUAAUGGAUAAUGAGUUCUUAGCACGGAGAAAGAAGAUUACAAGGGCCCAGACUGAAAGAGACAUACUUAGGAUGCUGGAUCAUCCUUUUCUUCCCACUUUAUAUGGUCAGUUUACAUCAGAUAAUUUAUCAUGCCUUAUAAUGGAGUAUUGUCCUGGUGGCGAUCUGCAUGUCCUAAGGCAGAGACAACCUGGGAGAUUUUUUCCUGAACAAGCAGCAAGGUUUUAUGUUGCUGAAGUCCUCCUUGCAUUAGAGUAUCUACACAUGCUUGGAGUUAUCUACAGAGAUUUGAAACCUGAAAACAUAAUGGUCAGAGAAGACGGCCACAUAAUGCUUACAGACUUCGACCUCUCUCUCCGAUGUGACGUGAACCCAACUCUACUAAAAUCAUCAUCACUAAUCAACGAACCCCCGAAAAUCUCAGGUCCAUGCACAGGAUCCAACUGCAUCGACCCCUUCUGUGCGGAGCCAACCUGUCAAGUAUCCUGCUUCAGUCCUCAUUUCUUACCACCUUCCACAAAACAAAGGAAGAAGACAAAACCCGAUCUCCCAACCCGAUUCAGAUCCCUACCUCAACUAGUUGCCGAGCCAACAGAAGCCCGAUCAAAUUCCUUUGUCGGGACCCACGAGUACCUUGCGCCAGAGAUCAUCAAAGGAGAGGGCCAUGGGAGUGCGGUUGAUUGGUGGACGUUUGGUGUUUUUCUAUACGAAUUACUGUAUGGAAAGACUCCUUUCAAGGGUUCAGGGAAUGAAGAGACUUUGGCUAACGUGGUAUUGUUGGGACUUAGGUUUCCUGAUAGUCCGUUGGUUAGUUUUCAGGCGAGGGAUUUGAUUAGAGGGCUUUUGGUUAAGGAACCGGAGAAUCGGUUGGGGUCACAGAGAGGGGCGGCCGAGAUAAAACAGCAUGCUUUCUUUGAUGGGUUGAAUUGGGCUUUGAUUAGAUGCGCGGUUCCUCCUCAGGUGCCUGAGUUUUUCGAGGUCGAUCAGGAAAUGGAGAUCAAGUAUUUGGAUUGUGGUGAUGAUGGAGGAGACCAGCUAGAGUUUGAGUUGUUUUGAAGAAGAAAAUGGUGGGAAAAAGAGCAACUGUUAUCUUAAGAGAUUAUUAUUAUUCAGACUAUCCUUUAUUUUUCCUUUGGAUUUAAUUUAAAUGUUGAGGAAGAAGAAGAAUAUGAUGUAAAUUUAUGAAUAUAAAGUCCCACUGGUUGCUUUUAUCAGUUGUAUGCUUAAGUUGAGCUU